UUUCUUCUUCACUCACAGCUCCCUCUAACGCCAUGUUGGCUGUUAUGACUUGACUUGUUGUUUUCAUCAGCCCUUACUACGGACUUGACAGGAGUGGCUCUCUCUCUUUUAAACGCCCCUGCGUCCUUUUUGGAGACGCUUUUUAUUCCAGUUUUUUUUUUUCUUUUUCUUGCGCGUCUACGCGUUUUGGAUGAUACGCGCGGAGUAUGCACGCAUCAUCCCCGUCGUGACUUUGCAUUUUAAAGGAUUACGACUUGGAAAGAGAAGAAGUUUGAAGAGAGGUCGUUGUAUUUUUUUCCUCACUUGUCAUAUAUGCAACAAAAUGUCAGAUGUUCGCCUUUCUAAUGCGAGCCCGACAUUGGAGAGGGGGGUGGACGCGCGGCAGCCGGACCACGUCAGACCUACGGUCCGCAGAAACCUAUUCGGCCGACCGGACUCGGAGGAGAUCCGGAGGUAUGUGACGGCGUCGAUACAGGAAGACGUGGAGCGCUUCACGGAGACGUACAACUUCGAUCCCGUCGAGGAGAGACCGCUCGCUGCGCGCAACUACGAAUGGGAGGAGGACAGCGACGCACCGGAGUUUUACGUGAGGCCGCCGAGCAACAGGCAGGAUGCCGGGGAGAGCAGCGCACGGCCGGCGGAGCAACCGGGCAACGACGCGUCGAGGAAAAGACGACCAGGACCGCCAGAUUCCUGCUCCAGCGAGUGUCAGAGUAAAAGGUCGCAUACCGACGAAGAUGAUGAUGAUGAAGACCAGUCGGCCGGUGCAGGAAGACCCAGCAGGCCAGAGAACAGCGCCGAGGUCCAGUGAAAAACAGUGCCAGAGCGGGGAGACCUGUCGCUGGUGGAAUACUGUAGCCUUUUCUCAUCAUCUGACAGAUGGGAGAGAAAAUAUAGAAGCAGCCUUUUCCUAAAAAAAUAAGGGAGGAGGAGAAGGCUGCACAAGCACUGAAUAUGUACACUAUCAAAUUUUGGCACUCAUUUUAUAUAAAUUGCCUCAGAAGCAGCAGACAAUGUAGCAGUGUGCAAAUGGAUUUUUGCUCAUUUUUUUUUUAUCUACUACCUAUGUUUCAGAUGUAGCACAUAAAAAAGCAUAUUAUGCUUUUCAUACCUUUUUUUUUUUUGUUAAAUGUUUUUUGAAUAAAUGUGUGUGAAUUUGACUCGGGAAGUUGCAGUGCAAUUUCCAACAGAGAAAUAUUAUUUUGUUUAAGUGGUCAUAUUGUAUCCUUAUUCAGGUAAUUGAUGUAAGUUAAAAAUGCAGAUUUUCAAAAGUCAGGGUUGUGUGGAAACAAAAAUAUCUUCACUUUUUCUAUGGCUUUAUUUGUCCCAGUGUUAUAUUAUAUCUUGUUUUUGAAGGCCCAGAUGGCCACACUGUAAGUUGAGGGUCCAUCGAACUGGGAACAGCCAUGACAGACAAAGUUUACAUGCAAAUAUGGUCUCCUUAUUACCCCCCAUUUUUUAUUUUAGAAUUGAAUUUUUUUUUUUUUGCCAAAGUUUGUGCCUUUUGUUCUGGGGGUGAGGGGGAGGGGUGGGAGGGUGGCUAAACUGCUGAGCAAUAUCCAACCAAAUUUUAACAGUAUUUGCUAAUAAUCCUAAGAAUUAGCUUUUAUUUUUUAAAUUAGGUGAGUUCAUAUUUUAGUGGCUUUUAGGUCACAUAAUCCGCCCCUUUUUAAUAAGUGGUGUAGUCCAGGGUUAACAAAUAUAUAAAAUAUGUUAAAACCACUGGGCUACUUAUUAUGCAAAUAUGUGAAUCAAAGAUUUGUCUUUGUGGUGUGGAAUUCAUGUGGAACAUGUAAUUGCACUAUUGUUAAUUUUCUCAUUUAUUUUGAGGGCAGAAAAACAAAGUGACACUGCCUCAUUUGGUGUAAAACUUUGAAGUGUACCUGUGUGCCUUUUUUCCCUUUUUUUUUUUUUUUUUAAAAACACUGAAAAAAUUAUACUAACUUAUUUAUGUUGAGCUUUUUUUUGUUGUGCGUGUAUGUAUAGCUUCCCAAAGCGACAUUUUUGUAAAUAUAUAUUUUCAUUAUUGUUUAUAAGAUAAAAAUAAACUGUUGCAAAACUGAGCCUAAUAAUCGAUUUUA